UUUUAAGCGGAAAAAUCCAAUCUAUUGAGAUUUCAGAAUAUAGUGAAUUAAUUGUAUCACAUAGUAGGAGAUUUAUUCUAAGAUUUGUUGUUGGUUCUUUCUGCGUAUUUCUGGGUAAUUAAAGUGUCAUACCAUUGCAUGCAAACAUGGUAACAAUUGCCGCGGUUUUACUCUGAACCCAUCCGAUCCUUCACAUAUAUAUAAAGACAUAACCACACACACUAAAGGAUCAUCGGAGAGCAGAACAAAGCAUGGAACAAGAAGGAGAAGGAGGAGAAGACACGAACAAGAAGGAAAAGCAGAAGCAGUUAGUGGGAGAUGCAAAAGCAGCACAAGUAGCAGUGGCAGUAAAGUGUCCAAGGUGUGAUUCCAUGAACACCAAAUUCUGUUACUACAACAACUACAGCUUGUCGCAGCCUCGCUACUUCUGCAAAGCUUGCAAAAGGUACUGGACACAUGGUGGAGCCUUGAGGAACGUUCCCGUUGGUGGCGGUUCUCGCAAGCCCAAGCGUGCCAAGCUUGCUGCUAAUCCUUCCUCAGAAGCUACAGUUGUGGGGGUUCCUGCUCCUUCUUCUGUUUCUUCUGUCACUCCAUUUUUCCAAGGUGAUGUUGGUGGGUUUCUGUCUUCUUCGUCUCUUGGUGGUUCUGGUUUUAACAAUGUGGGUUCCCAUCAUUUCUUUGAUCAAAUGAUGAUGGGCGGCGCAGAUGAACAACAAAGAUUCAUGAUGAAUGAGAAUAGGGCCCAUCCUCUCAUAAACCCUGAUGGAUCUAUGUGGAGUACUUUGAUGACCACCACCACUCACAUCAACAAUAACAAUUCAAGUGGUGCUUCAUCUUUUGCUUCUUCUGCUUCUGAUGCUGCUGCUGCUUUGAUGCUGAAUCAGUGGCCUAGCACUGUCACAGGGUUUCCCCCUCUUCCUCCAUCAUCUUUUUGAGCUCUAUCUCCAUGAUCAGCUUCAUUUGUUUCUUGCUCAACUUCAGUUUUAACAACCGUUUUUAGCUGAAAUAAUGCUAUAUGCAUCGGUUUUUUU